AUGGCUAAGUAAGAUUAAAUAAAUAUUAAUUGGCUUACCUUUUAAAUUAAAAUCCUAAUUGUAAUAGCUCAUUUUAAAAAGUAAGUUUUUUACAUAAAAAUAAUACAAAAAAAUUGUAAGAAAACUAAAAAAACUAAAUAUAGUAUGCAUGCUAUUUAAAGAAAGUAUCCUGAAUCAGUUAUCAACACUGCAGUUUCUGUAUUUUUGAUUAUACCAUCUGUAGAAAUAAGUAUCUUAAGAAGCAUAAACUUCACAGUCGAGGACACAGUCUAAAAAUUCUUGAGGAAGAAUAGAGUCAAUAUUGGUUGA